GAAACGCGUAAAAGUGCUCAAAUAUCCUGUUGAAAGUUAGGAAAAAGGAAGAAAAACAAAAAAAACAGUUUGUGACGAAGAAACGUGAAACCUAAACGGUUGAGCAGACAAGCGGACCACAAGUGUUAGUGAUACCUUCCCCCUAUUAUAGACUGACCAAACCAAAACCACCACACAAUAUUCCUUCCGGGGACAGAGAACGAAUAUCGAUUUCAGUGUCUACCUUAGAGAGUGUCGGGUAGAAGUACAUAAAGGUGUUGUACUAAGACUAAGCAUACAAAUUUGCCAAAGUGACAGAGUAGUAUUGCGAUACACGCACUUUGACUACGGGCCUGGAAGGUUGUGUGUGGGGAGGAAAACAACCCUAUUUAUCCGGAGGAGGAAAGUAACAUCACGAGCGAGAGAACGCCGCCUUUCCGGAAGAACAAUGCUGUGUGAUCAGUGCCAAUUAAGGUUAUGAGAGUUCAGAAGUCAAUCAAAACUGACGCACUACUAAGGCAGUAGUAGGCUGUGAAAGUGUGCGUUUGUGCGGUGUGCGUGACGGAACACAAAACAGAACAAUCACAGCAGGCCGCACGAUGAGCCAGCUCGUCGGAUCGCCGCUGACCAGUGCCUCGGCAACCGUUGUCGUGCCAACAGCAGCUUCCGGAGGAGGAGGUGGAUCCACAGCUUCGGCGUUCAGCUGUUGUCCCGGAAACGGAGAAAGUUCGUCGAUUGGAGAGGACUCGAUCGAGAUGAGUGACAGCCAGGGGAACAAUAAUACCAUGUACCAUAAUGGGUACCUGGAGGCGACGCAGGACUAUCACUUCCCGAAGCGACCUCCGGUGGACAUUGCCUUCCGGGACGUUCGGUACACGGUGAAGCGGUUCAACCUGGCCAAGGCGAAGUUUGAAAGCAAAGAAAUUCUCCACGGCCUCAACGGUUCCUUUAAUUCGGGCGAGCUGACGGCCAUCAUGGGCCCGUCGGGCUCGGGAAAAAGCACAUUGCUCAACAUUCUGGCCGAUUACGUCUCCGCCGGCGUAACCGGUCUGGUCCAGGUGAACGGCAAGAGCCGGGGUCAAAAUUCGCAAAGCUUCAAGAAGUUGUCCUGCUACAUCCAGCAGCACGACGCCCUGCGUCCCUUCCUAACGGUGAACGAAGCGAUGAGUUGUGCAACCCACCUCAAGCUGGGCUUCAGCAUCACGCGCGAGGAGAAGCAAAAACUGAUCCAGAAAAUCCUGUUUAUGCUGGGACUGGAGCAAAAGGGCAACACCCCGACGGGGGGACUCUCGGGCGGCCAGAAGAAGCGCCUUUCGAUCGCUCUGGAGAUGAUCUCGAACCCGCCGAUUCUGUUUCUGGAUGAGCCCACGACGGGCCUGGACAGUUCUUCGUGUACGCAGUGUAUUUCGUUGUUGAAGCGGCUGGCACAGGAGGGAAGGACGAUCGUUUGUACGAUUCAUACGCCGUCGGCGCUGUUGUUCGAGAUGUUUGAUCGGUUGUACACGAUAACGUCUGGGCACUGCUUCUACCAGGGACCGGUGCGGGAAUUGGUGCCGUUUUUGGGCAGUUUGGGAUACAACUGUCCCAGCUAUCACAAUCCUGCGGAUUUCAUGAUGGAGAUCGCCGUCGGUGAGUACGGCGCCGACGUGGGCAAGGUGAUCAAGGCGGCCCUCAAGAAGUACUACGAAAUGAGCAGCGAAUGCAUCAAGCUGGAUCCCAUCUUUGACGAUAAUGUGAAAAUCACGGAAUACAACGCGGAAAAGGCCUCCGCCAAGGAGCUGGAACUGCUCCAGCUCAAGGACACCCCCGGCGGAGACAAGCUGAACUUGAACCUAGACGGCGUUGGCAAGGUCGGCGAUGCCCUCUGUCCGGAGAUCCACGACACGACGCGGCCGGCGUCGCUCGUGAUGCAGUUCCUGCUGCUGCUGUACCGGAGCUUGCUGCAGUUGCGGAGGAAUUAUUUCCUACUGUUUGUUCGCCUAUUUGCUCACGCUUCGGUGGCAACCCUGUUCGGCUACAUCUACCAGGGGGUUGGCCCCAACGCAAACCAGGUCCUGGCCAACUAUGUCUACCUGUACGGUUCAAUGCUGAUGAUGGUCUACACCGGGAAAAUGGCCGUCGUGCUGUCAUUCCAACUCGAAAUGGAAUCGCUAACUCGAGAGCACUUCAACCGGUGGUACAAGCUGGGUCCCUACUUUCUAUCCGUGCUGGUCAUCGAAAUCCCCGUCCAGAUUGCCUGCUCGCUGAUCUACGUCGUGAUCAGUUACCACCUGACCGGGAACUACCACACGAUGGAGCGGUUCCUGCUGUUUGCCCUGUUCUGCCUUGCGGGUUCGAUUUCGGCCCAAGCGUGGGGCUUCUUCGUGGGGGCAACGCUGUCCGUUAAGCUCGCCGUCUUCGUCGGUCCCAUCCUGGCGGUCCUGUUCUCGGUGUUUGGCUUCUGCACCCGCUACUCGGACAUUACGCCCAUCUUCAAGUGGAUGUGGCACAUUAGCUACUUCCGGGCGGCUUUCCACGGCAUCCUGAACUCCGCCUACGGAAUGCACCGCGAGGAUCUGCACUGCCCGGAGACUACGAUUUACUGUCACUUUAAGAACCCGGUGCUGUUCCAGAAGGACAUGGACAUCGAGCACGUGGACAUGGAGCAGAACCUGGUGCUGAUCGGGUCGAUUAUCAUUACGAUGUACAUUGGGACGGUGUUUGUGCUGUGGUACAAGCUGAAUAAGCGAGCAGUCUCUGUUUCAAGAAGUGAAAGUUCGUCGUCCGAAGUCCGACGACGGUCGACGAAAAUGGCAGAAUCGUACGAGAUGAGUAACGGAGGUGGAGGAGGUAGUGUCAUGUUAGAAAUGCACGAGCAACUCGAUGAAGAACCUGCUUCGCAAAAGCAGCAAGGAGUAGGGAAGUUGGUGCAGAAGCGGCCCCAAACACUUGGGCUGGAACCGCUGAAGAUGCCGGUGUAUCCGCCCGGGUACGAGCACAGUCCGAGUUUGGGAGGAGCGUCGACGGCGUCGUCGCUGGCGGCGGCCAGAUUGAUCAAGCCGGUUACGAUCGGAUUCAAGAAUCUGUCGUACUCGGUGCGGACGGGGAUUUUUAGGAAAGGCCGUGACAUCUUAAGGAAUAUCAACGGCGAGUUCCGAGCUGGUGAGCUGACGGCCAUCAUGGGACCUUCUGGGGCAGGGAAGAGUACGCUGCUGGACAUACUGGCCGGGUACACCGAUAGCGAGUACACCGGCGAGAUUCUGAUCAACAAGCAGCAGCGCGAGCUGAAGCGGUUCCGGCGCCAGUCCGCGUACAUCAUGCAGGACCACGACCUGCAGCCGCACCUGACCGUCCUGGAGGCCAUGCACUUUUCGGCCAAUCUCAAAAUCGGCGCCGAGCUGAGCCCCGCCAGCAAGAAGAUAAGGAUGAACGAAAUCCUGUGCGCAAUCGGGUUGCAGGAGCACAAAAAGACGCGUACCUCCAAGCUGUCCGGUGGCCAGAAGAAGCGCCUCGCGAUCGCCCUCGAGAUCGUCAACAACCCGCCGGUGAUGUUCUUCGACGAACCGACCAGCGGCCUGGACAACUCCACGUCGAAAAAGUGCGUCGAACUGCUGAAGCAGCUGGCACGCGAGGGUCGGACGAUCAUCUGUACGAUCCACCAGCCGUCGGCGCUGCUGCUGAACAUGUUCGACCAUCUGUUUACGGUGGCCGAGGGUCAAUGCAUUUUCACCGGUACCGCCGCCAACAUUGUGCCAUUCCUGCGCGAGGUGGACAUUAUCUGUCCGGAGCACUACAGUCCGUCGGAUUUCCUCCUGGAAAUUGCCACCCACGACUACGGCCCCCAAAGUGAACACCUAGUAGCAAAAACGGAAAACGGUCGCAGCACGUCCUACCGGAACCGGGAAGCGUUCACCCCGUUCCUACUCCCGAUCAUGGAGUCCCCAAUUUCACCCGAUCUCCCAUCGCCACCACCCACCCAAACCAAGGACGCCAACGGAGGAGGUCUGCUGACGAGCACCUCCUCCCCGCUGGACAAACCAAAGAAGCUCGCCAAAAAGUUGUCCUUUAAUCCGGAAAAGUGGUGCGGCCGGGACGAGAUCUACACGACCAGCUUUUGCCGGCAGUUUUACCUGCUGCUGCUGAGGACGUUUCUCAUUCUGAGCCGGGAUCGGUCGCUGAUGACGAUGAGGUUCAUCAUUCACUGUACGAUCGCGCCGCUGAUUGGGAUGUUGUACUUUGGGAUUGGCAAUCAGGCGGCGCACAUUUUCAACAACUUUAACUACGUGUUCUUCUCGAUCAUGUUUCUGAUGUUUACGGCGUUCAGCUCGAUGACGAUGGCAUUCCCCCUGGAGCUCCCGAUCAUCACCCGAGAACACUUCAACCGGUGGUACUCACUGCGGGCGUACUACAUCGCCAUGACCAUCGCGGACAUCCCCAUCCAGGCCCUCUGUACCGUAACCUACAUCGUAAUCACGUACUACAUGACGGCCCAACCACCGGAACCCUACCGAAUGGGCCUCUUCACGUUGAUCUGCCUGAUGGUCGCAUGGGUUGCCCAAGGACUUGGUCUGUUGGUGGCUUCACUGUUUAAUGUUAAGAAUGGCGCCAUCUUUGGACCGUUCUUCAUCUGUCCGUUCCUGAUCUUCUCCGGGUUCUUCAUCCACCUGAACGACGCCCACCCGUGGAUGCAUUGGCUGUUUCACGUGUCCUUUUUGAAGUAUGCCCUCCAGGGAGCUACGGUGGCCAUCUUUGGCUAUGAUCGGCCAAAGCUGGACUGCGACGAGACGUACUGCCACUUUGUGCUGCCGAAGAAGUUCCUGCAGGAGAUCGACAUGGUGCGGGCGGAUUUCGUCGAGGCUGUGAUUGCGCUGUUGGUGAUCUUCUUCGUGUUUCGCGUGGCCGCGUUCUACGUGAUGCAGUACCGGUUGAGGAACAAGAAUUAAAAAAUGAUAUCAAAGUCGAAGUCGGACAUUCCUGGUUUUCCGCAUUGUAAUCGUAAUCAGCAUCGUAUGAGCUGUUCAGAACAGCUGUUAGAUAGGCCCCACUCCUUUCCGUUAUCAACCUUUAUGCAUGUGAAUAGUCGAUUGUGUUUAGCCUUAGUGACCUAGUGUCUGAAGUGUAAGAGUAUAAUCGUAUCGUAAUCGGAAUGAUAGCCGCAAAUUGUGAUUGAAAUGGUUUGUCACUUGAUUUUACUAAUCAAGUGACAAACCAUUUCCGAAAUAGAGAAAAAAAAAGUCAAUCGUUGCGAAGGGAACAAAUUAGAGUAGUUGUAAAAUGUGUGAUUUUCUAAUAAAACAAAAUAACGCAAGAGUCAAUCAGUUGUUGGAUCGAAUGAAGUAAACUCGAUUUUUAGAACAAUUAUAAAGUACGGUAACUAGUUGUUAAUGCUAUGAUAUAUUGGGAUUCAAAUGCGAUAAACAAGACGAAUAAAUGUGUUCUAUAGUAAAAAUAAA